GCGUCCCGCAGCUCCGCAGGAGACCCACUCCCGCCUAUCAUGUCCAAGAGGAAAGUGACCUUCCAAGGUGUGGGAGAUGAGGAGGAGGAGGAAGAAAGUGUUCCCAAGAAGAAGCUGGUGGACCCUGUGAGCAGGGCAGGGGGUCCCGGGAGCCGCUUCAAAGGCAAACACUCCUUGGACAGCGAUGAGGAGGAUGAGGAGGAGGAGGAGGGAGCCAGCAAGUAUGACAUCCUGGCCUCGGAGGACGUGGAAGGUCAAGAAGCAGCCACGCUCCCCAGCGAGGGGGGCGUGCGCAUCACACCCUUCAACCUGCAGGAAGAGAUGGAGGAAGGCCACUUCGAUGCUGACGGCAACUACUUCCUGAACCGGGAUGCCCAGAUCCGAGACAGUUGGCUGGAUAACAUCGAUUGGGUGAAGAUCAAGGAGCGGCCACCAGAUCAGCGCCCGGCGUCCGACUUGGAGGAGGAGACAGAUAGCCUAGGCCAGACGCCCAUGAGCGCCCAGGCCAUCUUGGAGGGACUUCUGGAACUGCUCCUACCAAGAGAGACAGUGGCUGGGGCACUGAGGCGCCUGGGGGCCCGAGGAGGCGGCAAGGGGAACAGCAAGGGGCCCGGGCGGCCCAAUUCCCCCCAGCGACUGGACCGGCUAUCUGGCUUGGCUGACCAGAUGGUGGCCCGAGGCAACCUUGGUGUAUACCAGGAAACAAGGGAGCGGCUGGCCAUGCGGCUGAAGGGAUUGGGGUGCCAGACCCAGGGAUCCCAAGCUUCCACGCCACCACCCUCGCUGGACAUGUUUGCUGAGGAGGUGACAGAGGGGGAGCUGGAGACCCCAACCCCUGUCCAGAAAGGAGAGGCUGAGGCUGGAGGAGACGGCCUGGUGGACGUGAUGUGGGAGUACAAGUGGGAGAACACAGGGGACGCCGAGCUCUACGGGCCCUUCAGCAGCGCCCAGAUGCAGACUUGGGUGAGUGAAGGCUACUUCCCAGAUGGUGUCUACUGCCGGAAGCUGGAUCCUCCUGGUGGGCAGUUCUACAACUCAAAACGCAUUGACUUCGAUCUUUAUACCUGAUCUGCCGAGGGCCCCGCUUGGGGCCCCCGUUUGCUGGACUUGGUGGAACUGGCCCCCAGCUGCCUUGGGCAGUGAGAAUCUUAGAGGCCAUUUUUCAGUCCGUUUCCUUCUUUUUCGUUUUUUCUUCCGCCUCCCACCCCACGCCAAUAAAACCCUUGAGUUGUU